CCUCGACAGAGUUGCCGAGUCCUGCGGGGAGUCUGGCAGGUCCGAAUCGCGCAGACCCGUGUAAGCAGGCGCUGCAGCAGCGGGGAGACACGAAUUAGUGGGUUUAAUGGUCGUGCCUGGCGGGCUGUUUGAGAGCGCAGACCGCCUGGGUUUAAAUGCAUCUUAAUUGCUGGAGAAAGGAUGCAGAGAGAGAGGGAAUGUAAAAAAUGCGGCGGUUUUCAGCUGGCUAACUCCGGCUGAUGCGAAGUGGAGGAAACUAACGGGACGGGGAAGCCCAGGCACACGGAAACGUCAGGAGAACGAGUCAUGUCUCGAUGCGAGGAGAGCGGCUGGGACAUGCUACAAUCCAGUUCUGGACUCGCAGGAACUUUGUGAAGGAGGGAGGAGAGUUUUUGGAAGUUUUUCUCUCUUCGCCCCCCCCCCAUCCCCCCGGUUUUGCCGAGUGUUGGGGGUGGAGAUGAUGGGGUCGUUCUGAGGAAUUCACCAUGGUCCGUGUGCUCGCCGCGGCGUUGCUGCUCUCGCUCGCUGGUCGGACGGGCGGCUGCCCGCAGCUGCUCACCAACACUUGCGUGUGUCUGCAGGAGCGGAGCAAGGCGCACGGCGGCCCCCAGCUCCGGAGGAAGGUGGUGUGUAGCAAGCAGGAGUUAGUGGAGGUCCCGGACAGCAACCUCCUCCCCAACAGGACCGUGCAUCUAAUACUGAGCAACAACAAGAUUGCGUUGCUGAAGGCUGGCGCUUUCUCUGGACUGCGGGCCCUUGAGAAACUCGACCUGAGGAGUAAUCUGAUCAGCACCAUCCAGGUUGGAGCCUUCAGUGGCCUCACCUCUCUGAAGCGGCUGGACCUGUCUGAUAAUCGAAUUGGAUGUCUGAAUGCUGGGAUGUUUCAGAGCCUGACAAAUCUGGUCAGACUAAAUAUCUCGGGGAACAUCUUCUCCACGCUCAACCCCGAUCUCUUGGAUGGUUUGGCCUCACUCAAAGUCAUUGAUUUCAAUACGGAGUACCUGGUGUGCGACUGUAACGUGCUGUGGGUGCUGAACUGGGAGAGGAGGAAGUCAGUGCGAAUCUCCGAGGAAACGCUGUGUGCUUUUCCUAAAGCACUGAGUGGAAAGCCAUUCAAAGACCUGAAGGAAAGCCAGUUGGUGUGUGAUGGACCUCUGGAGCUUCCCAUCCUGCAGCUGAUACCCGUCCUUCGCCAGGUGGUUUUCCAAGGGGACCGCCUGCCGCUUAUGUGCACGGCCACCUACCUGGACAAUAGCACCCGAGUGCUGUGGUACCACAAUGGCGUCCUGGUGCAGCCCGAGGAGGAGAAUGGCGUGGUCAUUAUGGAAAGCCAUGUUCACGAUUGUUCGUUGAUAUCCAGCGAACUGGUCCUCUCAAACAUCUACCUGCUGGCCAGUGGAGAGUGGGAAUGCGUCGUUGCAACAUCGCGUGGGAACGCCUCGCUCAAGGUGGAGGUAGUGGUGAUCGACACUUCUGCCACAUACUGCCAGGCUGAGCGGGUUACCAACAACAGAGGGGACUUCAGGUGGCCACGCACAUUAGCUGGGAUCACUGUCUACCAACCGUGCCUGCAGUAUCCGUACCCCUCCUCCUCCCUGGAGAGGAAGACAUCCCGGAAGUGUAAUCGCUCCGGAAUGUGGGAAGAGGCUGAUUACUCAGCGUGUCUGUACAUCAAUGAUUACACCAGGGUCCUCUCCUCCUUCAUCCUGAUACCCAUCAAUAACACCAAUGCUCUCCCACUUGCUCGCAAAUUGCUUGCCUACACUGCCGAGGCCACCAACUUCCUGGACAUGAUGGAUGUGAUUUACGUCACUCAGAUGAUCGAGAAGUUCAUCAGAUGGACGGAAGAGAUCCACGAUCUUGGGGAUGUGAUCGUGGAAGUGGCUAGUAACAUGAUGCUGGUGAAUGAGCAGGUGCUGAGGUUGGCACAGGAGGAAAGCGGAGCGUGUACACGGAUCGUCUGGGCUGUGGAGCACAUCGCCAACCUCACUUUAACGUUCAAUUCACAAACCAUCAGCAAGGUAUCCACAAACAUUGCACUGGAGGCAUUCCUGGUGAAACCGGCCAGCUACAGCGGCCUGAGCUGCACUGCGUUCCAGCGCAGACUGCUGGUCAGCAGCCUCGAGGGACAGGCACAAGGGCUCCCACACCCCCUCCAGUUCCGCUGCAGCACUGGGAGCAUCAACAGCUCCCUGACACACUUCCCUGUCAAGAACAGCAUUGCUCUGGCCUCUGUCCGGCUGCCGCCCGCUCUCUUUGCUCACUCCUCCUCGCCUCUGAGCCACAAGAAUUCCAGUUGCUGGCUGCAGUUUGUGGCUUUCCGCAAUGGCAAACUAUUCCCCAGCACGGGCAACUCUUCCAACCUCGCGGAUCAUGGAAAAGAAAGGAGCCCAUCAACGCCUGUCAUCUUCGCUGGCACAGGUGGCUGUGGUGUGGGUUCACUCACCGAUCCCCUCCUGGUGUCUCUGCGUCACUGGCACCCGGGAGAGGACCAGGUCGCGGCCCACUGGAACUUCGACCUCCUGGGCGGCUUUGGCGGCUGGCAGGCUGCAGGAUGCCAGAUCGCCCACACCAAUGGCAACGUCAGCACGCUGUGGUGCCGGCAGUUCAGUAACGUGGCCGUGCUGAAGAGGAUAAGCAACCACUCUGUUGCAGUCCAUGAGAGCAUACCGAUUCUUCACCCGGUUAUCUACACCUGCACCGUGUUCCUCUUACUCUGCCUCUUCACCGCCAUCGUUGCCUACAUCCUGAGGCACAACACAAUCCGGAUCUCGAGGAAGAGCUGGCACAUGUUACUAAACCUCUGGUUCCACAUCUCCAUGACCUGUGCUGUGUUCAGUGGGGGUAUCAACCGUAAGGAGUAUGUUCUGCUCUGCCAAGUGGUUGGGAUUCUCCUGCAUUACUCAUCCCUCUCAACUCUGCUGUGGAUUGGAGUUUCAGCAAGAGUCAUUUACAAAGAAGCAACACAGAAUUUGCAACGACAACACGAACUCGAGCUUCCAGCCCCCGCACAGCGGCCAAUGCUCAGGUUCUAUCUCAUCGCAGGAGGCAUUCCUCUGAUUAUAUGUGGGAUCACAGCAGCCGUCAAUCUUCACAACUACAGCAACAUCAGUCCAUACUGUUGGUUGGCCUGGAAGCCCAGCCUGGGGGCUUUCUAUGUCCCGGCCGGAUUCACCGUGCUCGUCAGCUGGAUCUACUUCCUGGGUGCCGGCCUGCACCUUGGGUGCCGGCGGCGGAACAAGGGCGAAGCUCCGGGAUCGCCGGAGCAGCCGGCACUGGGCAGCAGCCGCCUGUCGGACUCGGGGUCAGCUUCCCUCGGCUCUGAGAGUCCCUCGCUGGCCACCGAGAAUGUGUACUCCCUGGAAGCACAGCUCUGGGCACUGCUCUCCACCCAGCUGCUCUUUGUAGGCCUCUGGAGCUUCGGGGCCCUGGCGGUGUCAGGCCCUUCGCUGGCCAUGCUCUUCAGCUACCUGUACGGCGUGGGGGCUGUCGCCCUGGGCCUCCUCGUCCUCAUCCACCACUGCCUGAAGCGGUGCGACGUUUGUGGGCCCUGGCUGCCGUGUGCCAAGGGGCCAGUUAAAGAGGCAGGCAGCCUGGCCGCUGCCUCUCCGGCCAAACCUGAGCUGAAGGUCCCGUCGGCCACUGGUGACCCCUUCUCAGCCAGCGGCCCCUGCAAGCUGACCAACAUCCAGGCGGCGCUGAGCCAGGGGGAGCGGGCCGCCACUCGCAGCUCGUCGGCCUGCGGCGAUAGCGAGCCCGAGGCGCCGCCGUGCCGCCGCGGACAUCGGACCAGGACAAAGCCGCCGCAGGACGGCAAGCAGGCGCGGCAGAGGGCACCGAGAGCCACGGCCUCGGAUGCGGCCUCCAGCGAGAAUGGCAGCGUGCGCCUCAGCAACGGCAGAGCGGCGCGAGAGGGCAGCGGCAGCCCGUCCGAGGGCAGCGAUAGCAGCAGCCAGGUGGCGGGCCUCAGUCUCGGGCUGCAGGCUUGCCUCAGCCUGGAAAACCGGAGGCCGGCCAGCGCCUUCGAGCGCGAGGUCAAGCGGAGGUCAUACCCACUGAACGCAACCAAUCAGAACGGCGCACUCCAGGGCAGCCGCUGUGAUGUCACGCCGUUCGGCGCCGAGGCCGGUGCAGGCAUUAACACAGGCCUGUGGAAGAGCGAGACCACGGUGUAGAGUGGGUGGUGCACCAGCACUUCCUGCACCCCACCAAUCCGGAACCCUGGUCAGUUGCCGGCUCUGCACUCCAACGUGCAUCCAGACAGGUUGGGCUCAAAUCCGGCUGGCCGUCCAACUCCACGCCCCCUCCCAAACACAAACCAUGGGUGAGGGGCCUGCCAGGGUCUAGGGCCUAACGAGAAAUGUGCCUGGCGAGUCCAUCCUUUGCAUUCACUUUAUAUUGUCUAUAUGUUACGAUAUAUAUAAACUCGCUGUAAAAUGAAACACACCUAACAUCAAACGGAUGUUUGGGAACCCAACCUAACCCUGAACUGACCUCUGGAGGAACUCAGCAGGAAGGGCAACAACUCUGGAGGGCAAAGGAUGGUCGAGAUCCUUCACCAGGAAGGCCGAAACGUCGACCGUCCAUAGCUGCCGCCUGACCUGCUGAGUUCCUCCAACAUUUUGUGUGUGUUGCUCAAGAUUUCUAGAAUCUCUUGUGCCUAACCCCGAUUGGCUGAAGCGGUGUAACCGGAGUCCAGCUGAGGGGUUUGAGCAGUGCCCUUCCCCACCGCUGAUCUCGCAGGAGGCAGCAGGGAUGGGGGACUGGAUUUCCCCUGGAACGGCAAGCUUUGGGAUCUUAUACAAACAAAAAGAAGAGGCCAGAGUUUAAAUGAGGGGGAGGAGUUUGAAAGGUGAUUAAAAGGGAGAGUUAAUUUUUACACGGAGCUUGGUUGCUAUCUGGAAUGAUCUGCCAGAAGAGGUGAUGAAACGAAACACGGUCAUGUUCAGACAUAGGAGGCGGGGGGGGGGCGGUGUGUGGCAAACGAGUCAGGAUGGAUUGUGGUAGACUGAAAGGCCGGUUUCUAUGUUGUACAACAAUGAGUACAGAAAGGAGGUUGGACAGUGGGCGGUAAGCUUUUCUCCCGCUGUGGGAAUGCUCUCUGCCUUGCCACACAUUUUCCCCACCCAGGGAAACACCAUUAGUUGUUCCGUCAACCCGUUACAUAUCCAUUCACAAUUGGAGUACCCCAUACUGCUCAACAGGACUCGUUUGACUUGUUUCCCAACAUUCCCUGUUGUUCUUAAUGCCCAUAUUUGCUUGAGGUUUGGACUUGCGAUUUCAAGCAAGGACAAUUUGGGUUGCUUUGAUAGAAAUCUAAAAGUAGGGUCUUUUUCAGGGGCCACAGCUGAAGAUUUACAGAAUCUUCGAUGCAUCAAUGAUAAUGGGACCCCAGGUGAGCGUGGAUGAAUAAAAUUGCGAAGUUUUCUGUUUACUUAGGGAGAUGCAGUGCAGUGAUGGGAGGAAGCUGAUGUGGAGCCCCACACUGGCAGAGCUGAGCGACCAUAUUCUGUGACUUUCAGUGGUCAGGGUCGACCAUGGAUGUCGCAUCCAACCUGUCUAUGUGAUACACAAGGCAGGGCAGUAGAUAUGAAGAGCGAGCUUUGCCAACAUAGCAGGGACCCCUCUCCACAUAUCUGAUGAAUUCAAAGGAAUAGCAGAGACCGAUACAGUUUGGCACCAGCAGUGUCGCAGGAGAUGUCAGUCAACAUUGACCUCAAUGUAGGACUGCCUUUGGGACUCCAGCUCCGGAUUUUUCUUCAGGGUUUAUUCCCGAAGCCUUCCUCGUGAACGGGUAUAGCCUCAAGGCAGCGAAGGUUUAGUCGCCAACCACGGCUGAUAAACCCAAUCAGCCCAGAGCGACUGAUUUUAAGGAACCUUUGCCCCUUCUCUCAGUAGAAACAGUUCUGCCGGGAGUAGCUAAGUCACACGUGAAGGCCAGGAGCUGGACUUGUUUGUCAGAGGAUAUUUGAGGCGCACACCAUUGGGAGCAUUUAAUAGGUAGUGAGAGCUUAUCCCCAUGACCCUCAACACCACCCCCCCCCGCAGCACCAGCAACCUUAACAAGCCUAUUCCGUGACCAAUUUUAAUGUAACAGUCUUAGUAACUGUUCUUGGUGCCUGACAAUUGCUCCCAGUAGUCAUUGCCUGGAAACAGUUGGGAACGUUUUAGCGGUGGGGCAGUCCAUGACCUUUGAAGCACCUUAGAUCAUUUUACAAUCCUUUGUUACUCAGGUCUGUGUCAUGUUGGCAUACCUCGCUCAGUCACCGACAGCUGUCUGUCCUGCUUGUUGUGGGUUCAAUCCUCACCAGCAAUUGUAGAAAUUCCUGCUUGGGAUUUGGUGGCAUUCCCAACUAUGUUCCCCACCUAAAUAUCCUGGACAGUUGGGGAGUAUGGCACCUUCAGGAGCUUGCAUUUAAUGUCUGACGCCAUAGUUACAGUGUUAGAGGUCAUAGGUUAAGGGUGAAAGGUAGAAUAUUUAAGGGGAGUCUGAGGAGGAACAACUUCACUCAGGGUGGUGAGAGUGUGGAACGAGCUGCCAGAGAAAGUGGUGGAUGUGGGUUUAAUCUCAACAUUUAAGAGAAGUUUGGAUAAGAACAUGGCCUGAGGGGUAUGGAGGGCUCUGCUCCAGAUGUAGGUCAAUGGGGCUAAACAGAAUAACAGUUUGGCAUGGACUAGAUGGACCGAAGGGCCUGUUUUUGUGCUGUAGAACUAUUAUGGCUGCACUCCAUUUCUGGAGCCAGGUUCUGUGAAUUAGUAUGCAAGUGCAGGUUCUUCAUGUACAGCACAAGUAUCUGGGAAUUAUUUAUGCUAUUGUGUUCCUGUGCCUCCCACUUGAGUGCAGUUGAAUAACAAUUAAAUAGUCUAAUCUAAGAAUUAAACAAUCAGAUUGGACAACAUCAAGUUUUCUUCAGUGGAGACUUUGGAGAGAAGCUGCAGAAUGGGAAAGGUUGCACUGUCACCACAGCUGAGGAAGUGUUUUCUUCCCCCUGUCCCCAUGGGGGUGGGGGUAGGGGGAAUAGUACUAAAGAUCUUUCCUCCUUCCUCUCCCCAUGGCCCAUCAGUUUCCAUCAUACACAACCCUUUCGGUUUUUACUUGACCAGCAAUGUGUCAUUUUCCAAACCAAAUGUGCCAAUGGCCAAAAAGUCCAGUCCUGAGGGCUGUUGACCAAUGUCAAAUCAUUCUCUAUCCAGUAUCUGACCAGAGAUCUAGAGACUUACUGACCAACAGCCAAUCAUUGUCCAUUAUCCAGUCAGUGACCUAAAGUCCUGUUAACUACGUCCCUCUGUGGACCAGCAGCCAGUCGUCAACACAAGAGAUUCUGCAGAUGCUGGAAAUCCAGAGUUAAACACACACAAUGCUGGAAGAACUCAAUGGGUCAGGAAACAUCUAUCUGCUUCUUCUUCUUAAACCCCCACCAGGCCUACCGACAGCAGCUUAUUGGAGUCCUCCGUCCAAGUUGUCCCAGCUGUAGCCCAUCUUCGAAGAUCCUCCCUCUCCAGGAUGAGGUCUUUGGGGCUUCUGUUGGUGUAUGUGCAGCCCUGGGUUUUUACUGGAUGGGGUUGCUAGCCCUAUGCCCAACCCUCCUCUGUUCACAGCAGAGCUUGGGACCAUACAUGGCGGAGUUCAGCACGUAUUAAUGGAGAGGAGUAAAUAGUCGAUGGUUCGGCCAGGUGAAGGAUCUCAGCCCGAAGUGUCAGCCAUCUAUUCCUCUCCAUAGAUGCUGCCUGACCUGCUAAGUUCCUCUAAUAGCCAAUCGUUGUCCAGGACUCACAACCAGGGUUAUAACCUUAGUAGCCAGACCUUUUUUCAUGAAUAGAUGAUGAGAAAUGUUUCAAGAAAAGAUAAUAAGGCUGUUUCUAGUUCUGAUGCUGUCUUUUACUUUAUGAGCUAUUUUUAUUUCCAGGGUUAUCCAUUAUCCAAAUAAGAAGGGUGUCCCUCUCUCUGUAUUGUGCAUGAGUGUGCAUGUGUGUGUGAGUGUGCGUGUGUACGUGUGCGUGUAUGUGUGUGCGCACAUGCGCUUGAAGCUCUUCUAGCAACAUACAAAGGGCUUCUACCUAGCGGAGAUCAGGAGGGAGCUACCUAUGCACUUCACCAGUGACUGAGUGGUUUGCUGCACUAAUCAGAGCUUUCAUAAUCGCUAGUAAUUAGUGUGUAUCUUGUGAGAGCUUUGCACAAUCUGCAUGUCCUCUUUAUCUGUGUCCAAUUUGCCUUAAAAAGAAAGAUUAUUCUUAUACAAGUGCCAAAGAGAUAUAUAAAACUUAUGGAAACAUAGAUUAAAAAUAGAAUGUGUGUAUUGAUUUAAAAUGAUUAUAAAACAAUUUUCUUUUGAAAACUCUAUAAUGUAAUGUUUAAUGCCGUGUUGAGUGCUCUUUGGUUUCAAUUUUGGUUUAACUGGUACCAAAGCAGCAAGUCUUAAUGAGGCUGCCAUUGAUGGUUCCUGUUCCCUCACCCUUCAACUUCCCUCCCCCAUCAGCUCAAUGUACAUUAAACAGCAACUGAGGCCAGGAGGGUGAGCUGAGUGUGUCCAGGUACUGUACAUGCCUGUCAGCAAACAACUCAAGGUUAGUUCAUGGAUUCUUGGGGUGUGAAAGUUGAGAGUUAGGCAGAAGGAACAAUUGAAGCAUCACAGAGGGAAAAAAGUUUGUUUGAAACGAGGAACUUCUCUUUCUUCUCCAGCUCAUCACCCCUACUGGAGCAUCGGCCACCGAUAGCAGCUCGCCAGUGUCCUGGGCCAGAGCCCAUCUUCCUCUCUGGGGUGAGUUCCUUGGAGCUUCUGUUGGCAUAUCUGUAGCUCCGGGUUUUUACGGGUUGGGGUUGCUAGCCCUAUGCCCAACCCUCCUCCAUUCCCAGCCGGGCUUGGAACCAUCCAUGUCAGAGUGUAUUUUUCCUCACACUACAUCUGCUUAUUAUUUAUAACAUGUAUUGGAGGGGUAAGAAGGAGGUUUGAUUGAAACUAAGGAUUAGUUGGGUAAUAAAAUAUCUGCCCACUGUCCCAAUGGACCCAGGAGUGGGGCUGAGCCAGGCAGAAGGGCUUUUGUACCCUGUAGCAGAGGUUUUGUGCCCUGUAACAGAGGUGUCAGUUGCCGGAGGGAUGGGGCUCCUGAUCACUCCUCAGUCUCCCGAAUGUUCCUCAUACUUACUGCUUAAAGUACGUGAAGUGAGAGUCUACACCGAGCUGUGGUUGGGGAAAAUUAAUGGCAUAUGAUUUUCAUAUCUCACUGGAAGGAGAAUGAGCUGCCAAUACAGCUGCUGUUAACAGAUGUGUCUGUAUGGAAAUCUCUCUUUCCCUGAGAUUGCAGUCGCAGAAUGACAAACAGGAAUUAAAGCCAUUCUUUAGUUUAGUGGUGUGACUGUAACAUACUGGGAUUUUAAUGCCCAGCUUUGCUCUAAUAUGCUUUAUUUAAUUCCAUUGUGUGUUUUACCGAGCACUAAUUAGUACUGUUCUUUAUCCAAAGAGAAUUUUGAGAAGUCAAAUGUUUCUAUACUGAACAACUGAUCUGGGCAUUGUUGAUGCUGAUAUAUUAUGCAAUAAUCUAUGUUAUAGACCAUGUAUUUGUGAUUGUAUUUAUGUUGUGUAUUUGCACAUAUCAUGUCACAUCAGCCAGAGUUUUCAUUGCUCCUGUCACACUGAUGAUAGAUGUCUGUCAGUCUUAUCUGGAGUGCCUAGACAGUCCUCAUGGGAAAAGAUACAAUCAUUCACUACCCUGUGGGUGGGAAAAUAAACCUUCCUAACUCUGUCCGGAAUGACUGAUUGGACUCCUGUCCUAGAAUCCCCAGGCAGAGGAAACAUCCUCCCUAUCCAUAACGAUUGUGUAGGACUUGCUAAGACUAUCUGUAAUUCCUUCUGAACUCAAGGCCUGGUCUGUUUAACCUUUCAGCUGCACUGUCAAUCCUGCCAUCCUUCUGCACUCCUGAUUCAGCUGUCGAUUUCUUCUGGACCAGAGAUAAAUUGAUAAUCCUGACCUGUAAAAUCCUUCAAACUCUCUGAAUAUUAUCAGCCCAUAAGACAGAACAGGCCAACUAUAAGAAUCCUUUCCGUAAACUAUACCAAGGCGCCCGGAGGGUAUACCCAGAGCAGCUAACAUUGAGGUGUAUGCAUUUGGAAAUGCUUUUGUUCUAAAUGAAGCUAAAAUCAGACCUGCCUUUUCCCUUCAUGAACUGUGCUCAUCUGACAUCCGGCCCUUUUGCCUCCAUUCAGAACCAGACUCGCAUUUAAUAUCAUUGGCACCUAGUGUGAAGCUUGUUGCCUCAUAUUUAUUGCUACCCAUUGAGUUGGUAAGUAGGAUGGAAAUGGUUCUGUAUGUUCAUCUCCAACCAUAAGUCUUGUUUUUCUCAACCUCCUUCCCCACCCCACUCCCCCCCCCCCACAUCUUUAGUUCAGAUUUUUUAUCCAAAAAGCAGAAGCCAAGUCUUUUGGUGCAGUGAUGUACUGUAUCUCUUCACAGCAAGGUUCAACAGUCUGGGCCUCUUUCUACUAGAAAGAUUCUCGAGGAAUUUGAAAAGGAUGCAUGGGGUAAAGAUAGACACUUAGUUUCACAAGAGAGGAGUACAGAGCCGAUGUAAGGGUAGCAACGUAUAGAGCUGAUGUAAGACGGCCAUUGGUAAAUCAGGAACGAAGAGAGUUUGGAAUAUGAUCCCACAGGGAAUGGUUGAUGUGAAGAGAGGCACUUCAGAACAACAGGGAGAGAGCGGUAUAUUAAUGGGGAUGAUUCAUGUGGAACGAAAGCACUGCCACUGGCCUUGGACCAAAUGGCCUGCUUUGUGCUAUCAACUCAAUAUAAUUCUGUGCAAUAUAGUACACUGUAGUGUUCCCAGUGUUAGUCCUUAUGUGACUGGGUGGAACUACUGAAGAUCUGGUUUAUUUAUUAAAAUACUAUUACUGGUAUUGUCGAUGUUGCUAAGCAACCACUGACAGUACUUUGACAGGAUUGAGGUAUGACAGAGUCCACAGCAAAUGAUGUAGCGUAAGGACUGUGAACUGUCGUUCUAAACCAGUUACAGUGAAUCGUGGAGGUGCUGCUAGCUGAACACAGUAUUGUCAAGUCACAGUGUGACAGAAGGCUGCAGAUCUCUGAGGGGCUCCAGAGUAGGUUGUGACAUUAUAAAUUGAUUUUCCAAGUGAGCAAGUAUUAUUGAUAAGCUUAGCACUUCUCCCACAAUGCAAGAUUCGAAUUCAAUCAAUAGAAUUAGCAAUUAAAGAGAAAGAAGAGUUAGUAAUGAAGAUAAUCUUAACAAAGAGUUGAAUCCCCCUCCCCACCCCCAGGGGGACAUAGAGAGAUGAUGGUGGAGCUGGGACUGUGGGUCUGUAGAAGGGAAAGGGGAAAUAAUGGGCCCCGUGGUAGCUUAGUAGUUAGCACAACGUUAUUACAGCUCAGGGUGUUGGAGUUCAGAGUUCAAUUCCAAUGAUAUCUAUAAGGAGUCUCGACAUCCUUCCUCUGUGUGUGUGGGUUUCCUCCGGGUGCUCCGGUUUCCUCCCACAGUCCAAAGAGGAUUGCUGGGCAGCGCGGCUCGUUGGGCCGGAAGGGUCUAUUCCAUGCUGUAUCUCAAAUAAAUAAUAAUUCAGCAAAGCACCAAGUGCUGGGUUUAAAAUCAAUUUUAAAUGAAGGAGAUUUGUGUUUCUUUUCUAACUGCCAAAGUCUAGCUGAGUAACGAUGAAAGCACAUGGAUACAUUUGCCUAUGAAACAGAGAAUUCUGAAGAGCAGUCUGUGUGAGGGAGUCCCACUCAGUAAAUGCUGAUGAAUAACUGUGCAGACUGUCCUCAGUCAAUCAAUCAGUACAUGCCCAAUGUCUGUUCCCACUGCAUAUCUCCAUACCUCGCCUCGUCUGUCCGUUCCACCCUGCCUGAGCAGUCGUUCCUCGUCAGAUAAUACCUUGCCUGAAUUCUGAGCAGGCCAGACCCUGCAGUCCGGGUAUCCUGACAGGCCCUUCUAUCAAGAGGAGAUGAGGUGACUGAGGAGGCUUUGAAAACUCUCACUGGUGCCGCUUACUGUUCAGUUGUAGAACCAAUCACUCGCUUAAGCUCGCUGACAGUAUCUUGGCUGCAUGUUUAGAACCAGAGUAUUUUUUAUGCUUUUGAUAUUCAGGUGCUUUAUAAAUUCAAAAGGAUCAUUUUGUUGUGAAAAGCUAUUUUAAUAAUAAAUUAUGGC